GUGCCUAUGGUGGGUAAUGGUGGCGGCGCCGGAAUUUCUAUGAUAAAUGACCGUGCACGUGCGGCUCAUGUGGCGCCGCCGAACAGGAUGGCCGUGCCCGUGAAAGCUGCUCCAGGGGGUAAUGUGGGGCCAACGGGGGCCCAAAGGAGUACUCAAGUGGGCCACAUCCCCAAUUUCCAAAUUCCUACUCCCCAAGACAUCCCAGCUACGGCCGUGCAUGUUGGUGGCGCCGCCGUGCAUGCUGGGUAUUAUCCUCAGGCUCCGGCCAGGAACCCCCUCCAACCCCAGCAGCUCGCCGUUGCCAAUUCCUAUCCUCAACCGGCGAUGUAUUUCCGGCCACCGCCGGCCGUCGGCUACUUCCCUCCAUCCCCUCUCUAUCCAUCCUACCCCAACCCUCCUCCACAGGACAAUUAUUACAGUGAUGAUGAGGACACUGCCGGAUGCAGUGUCAUGUGAAGAUGGCGGAGGAGGUGGCGGC